AUGGAACUAGUAAACAUUUAUGAAAGUGAAAACCAUGAGACCUGCAGCCAGUACAAUAAGAUUGGACUGAACAGAGAUGGAGCUACUUAUGCAGACAAGGACCGAAAACUCAGCUACACUGAAGAAAGAGCUCGAAACCAAAGAGGUUUGUCAAUUGGAAAUAAGUGUGUUGUGUUGAGCACCAUUUGUUUUAGCCUCAUGUGCAUUUUCCUGGUGGCUGCCAUUGUAGUUUUGCAUAUAAAGCUCAUGGCAGAGAGAGAAGUACAAACAACACACAUGUUACAGUCCAGUUCAAGAGAUCAAAAAGAGAAAGACCUGUUACAGAAUAGCUUCAACUCUUUGAGUCGGAAGAAACUAGAACUAGAGAACAGAGUCAAAGAUCUCACUGCUGAGAAAGACCAGUUACAGAGCAACUCCAGCUCUUUGAGUCAGAAGAAACUGGAGCUGGAGACCAGAGUCAAAGAUCUCACUGCUGAGAAAACACAGUUACAGAGCAACUUCAGCUCUGUGAGUCAGACAAAACUGGAGCUGGAGACCAGAGUCAAAGAUCUAUCUGCCGAGAAAACACAGUUAAAGAGCAACUUCAGCUCUUUGAAUCAGAAGAAACUGGAGCUGGAGACCAGAGUCAAAGAUCUAUCUGCUGAGAAAACACAGUUACAGAGCAACUUCAGCUCUUUGAGUCAGAAGAAACUGGAGCUGGAGACCAGAGUCAAAGAUCUAUCUGCUGAGAAAACACAGUUACAGAGCAACUUCAGCUCUUUGAGUCAGAAGAAACUGGAGCUGGAGACCAGAGUCAAAGAUCUAUCUGCUGAGAAAACACAGUUAAAGAGCAACUUCAGCUCUUUGAGUCAGACGAAACUGGAGCUGGAGACCAGAGUCAAAGAUCUAUCUGCUGAGAAAACACAGUUAAAGAGCAACUUCAGCUCUUUGAGUCAGAAGAAACUGGAGCUGGAGACCAGAGUCAAAGAUCUAUCUGCUGAGAAAACACAGUUACAGAGCAACUUCAGCUCUUUGAGUCAGACGAAACUGGAGCUGGAGACCAGAGUCAAAGAUCUAACUGCUGAGAAAACACAGUUACAGAGCAACUUCAGCUCUGUGAGUCAGAAGAAACUGGAGCUGGAGACCAGAGUCAAAGAUCUAUCUGCUGAGAAAACACAGUUACAGAGCAACUUCAGCUCUGUGAGUCAGAAGAAACUGGAGCUGGAGACCAGAGUCAAAGAUCUAUCUGCUGAGAAAACACAGUUAAAGAGCAACUUCAGCUCUUUGAGUCAGACGAAACUGGAGCUGGAGACCAGAAUCAAAGAUCUAUCUGCUGAGAAAACACAGUUAAAGAGCAACUUCAGCUCUUUGAGUCAGACGAACCUGGAGCUGGAGACCAGAAUCAAAGAUCUAUCUGCUGAGAAAACACAGUUACAGAGCAACUUCAGCUCUUUGAGUCAGACGAACCUGGAGCUGGAGACCAGAGUCAAAGAUCUAUCUGCUGAGAAAACACAGUUACAGAGCAACUUCAGCUCUUUGAGUCAGACGAACCUGGAGCUGGAGACCAGAGUCAAAGAUCUAUCUGCUGAGAAAACACAGUUACAGAGCAACUUCAGCUCUGUUAGUCAGAAGAAACUGGAGCUGGAGACCAGAGUCAAAGAUCUAUCUGCUGAGAAAACACAGUUACAGAGCAACUUCAGCUCUGUUAGUCAGAAGAAACUGGAGCUGGAGACCAGAGUCAAAGAUCUAUCUGCUGAGAAAACACAGUUACAGAGCAACUUCAGCUCUGUGAGUCAGAAGAAACACGAGCUUGAGACCAGAGUCAAAGAUCUCACUGCUGAGAAAACACAGUUACAGAGCAGCUUCAGCUCUGUGAGUCAGAAGAAACUGGAACUGGAGACCAGAGUCAAAGAUCUCACUGCUGAGAAAACACAGUUACAGAGCAACUUCAGCUCUUUGAGUCAGAAGAAACUCGAGCUUGAGACCAGAUUCAAGAAUCUUACUGCUGAGAAAACACAGUUACAGAGUGAUUUCAGAGUGAAGAAACUGGAGUUAGAACGCAGAGUCACGUCUCUGAGUGAGGAACUAAAGAAAGAAGCAUCUAAAAGAGAUGUUUUGUUCAUAUCCACUGAGAAGAAGAGCUGGUCUGAGAGCAGACAGUACUGCAGGGAGCGUGGAUCUGAUCUGAUCAUUAUCAAGAGUGAAGAGAAGCAGAGAAACAUAUCUUCAUUGGUCAAGGAGAGAGUGUGGAUUGGUUUGUCUGACAUUGAGAACGAGGGGAUCAUGAAAUGGGUGGAUAAUUCACCACUGAAUCAAGGGUUUUGGCUCAAAGGUGAACCGAAUGACCAAGGUGGAUCUGAGGACUGUAUUGAACUGAUGCCUUCCAAUCCGGUCCUGAACAACUGGAAUGAUCUGCCAUGCUCAGAGAAGAGAGGAUUUAUUUGUGAGAAAUAGGGUUAAUCCCAUCUUGUUGUGGUUUUGCUUUAUAUAAUAUAGUCAUUCUUAUUGCGAAUUCAUAAUUUUCUAUUGAGGUCCCUGUCUUUAAAAAACGGUCAGUUUAUGUGAUUUUUUUUAAGAAGGAAAAUACAAAAUUGAUAUUGUUUUCUUAAUGCUUUAAUAGUCUUCUGUUCCUCAUGGUGUGUAUCAGGGUGAUCUGAGACCCCAAACCUCUGAUUGUGUUCAUGUUUCAUGUCUCCGUCACAAGCAGCUCUAUAUUAAUAUUAUAUUAUCUUAGCUGUUAUCAUGAGCCUUGUUUGCUCUGAAGUGUUGAGGAGACAGUCAAUCACAGUAAAAGUCUAAAGUGUAUUGAGUGUAUACUGAGUGUCUGUAAAACUGCUUUUGAGUUGAAUUGCUUGCUGUUUGAAUAAAAUAUUCAGUUAUUAUCAU